AUGAAGUUCAGUACUACCUUCGCCAGCCUCGUGGCAUACUGUGCCAUUGGCGUCCACUCAAUGCCAUCCAACCCAGAGGCAGCAUCUGAUCUCACUACUCGUAAUGAGAACAUCUUUGAAAAACGAGCUUGCUACAACGGCAAGAAGACAUACGGCUGCGAUAAAGGAUGGUGCUGGAAGAAGUGCGACGUCAAAACCGACAACUCGGUUAGACAAAGUGGCACGUGGUGUUGGGCCAAAUGGAACUGGGGAUGGGGUGAUGGUAACUGGGUUUCUUGUCACUAUGAUAGCGACUGCAAGAAGGCAUUUGCUGGCGAAGCCGACUGUGCUUGGGGUGUUUGUGAGGGCUGUGGAUGCAGUUGUUAA